GCAAACCCCCAACAGUUCAGGGAAGGUGGCCUUAGGGAUUACCGAGUUAACAAGAUGUAUCAUAGUACCAACGGCAACUGCGAUAUUGCCACCGGGAGGUGUUGCGGCCGGGGACCGUAUAUGCCUGUCUAUAUCAACCCCGAGCUCCAGGGUUGCUACUCACCGAUCAUCCCGGGCUUUAAGGCAACGCAAGCUGAGCCAGACUAUGAGUGUUUUGAUCCCCCAACCAGUCUCCUGGGUCCCCCGAAGGUUCUGGCGCAGCCAAGUUAUCCCUCCAGUUUAAUCAUCAACACCGGACCAGCUCUGAUUCGACCUCCUUCGGUCUCAGCAGGUCAGCGUGUUUAUCUGAUCAACGGCUGCUACGGAAGCAGCGUAUUUGGUACGGGUGGCGGAACGGCGGUCUUCAACUCGGCUCUUUCUCUCACGAGAUUGAACAUCAGUCCUGCAACACUGGAGAACUGUGCAAGCAUUUGCAACGCAGGCAAUUAUGACGCGAUGGGCAUGGUCAACGGGAGGGACUGCUACUGCUCCCCAACCGUGAAUAGCGGUCUCACAUUCGACAAUAUGGGAUUCUGUAGGGUUCCAUGCGGGGAUGCCAACAACAUUGCUUGCGGUGCCCCGAACAGUCCGGUAGUUUACGCUGUCAAUGGAGGGGGCGUGUUCUCGUCCUAUGUGUCAACCACUCCGCACGGUGUUUUUUCAAGUCUCGCCAAAUUGUUACCCCUUAUCCAACCUACAACUGCCUUGGCCGAGCCACCUCCUUUACGACGACAAGCACAACCACAACUUCCACCACAACUUCUAUUCAGACCAGUACAUCGACUACCACCACAACUACAACGUCUACCUCUACCUCUACAUCGGCCACAGCCACCACCACCGGCACGACUACCUCAACCUCUACCUCCACAUCCACAACAACCACGACGACUUCCAGUACCACGACAACCACCACCGCCUCCACCUCAAGUACUACAACCACAUCCACGUCCACCACUAGCACUACCACAACUGGCACGUCCACCACGAGCACAACCACCACAGGGACCUCAACGACUAGUACCACCACCACCGGCACAAGCACGUCGACAAGUCUGA